UUUGUACAGCUCCGUCUCCUCCAUAUGUAUAUAUAUACACAUAAACACAAGCAAUCGAUGGAAGGAAGGUACAUUACGUUUUCGAGUCUCCAAAUCAGAAAACUAUACAGAGAAACAAAGAAGAGAACACAGAAAAAGACAGAGUAUUUGCUCUUUGUUGAAUUGUAUUCUUCUCAUACAUAUUCCAUUCCUGUGGACAGCGACCCAAUCUCUCUGUAUCCUAAGAUUUCUCCAUUCCCAACAAUCUUGUGCAAUCAGGUCUCAUAGACUGUUCCCAUCCAUUUCAAUAUUGCAUGGGGGUAUCUUGUUCAUGUCCGCUCGCAGUUUACUGUGAUUUAGAGAACGGUUUUGAAUCGGUUGUUGUAAAGUCGAUCGACCUAGGUGAUGGAGCGCAUAAUAAGCCUGUUCUAUCCAUUAGCAAAGAUUCUGAGCCUAAGAGUUUGCAGUCAUUAGGUUCUGGAAAAUUGUCAGUUGAAAGAUCUGUUAGGUUCAGAGCAAGAAAAACUCAAACCAUGAGAUUUACUGAAGUUCCAGCUGAAGAUAAGUAUAAGCGCCAAGAAUCCUUUGGCCCAUUGCCUAGAUCAGGUAGCUCGAUGGAGACACCUCCCGAGUCUCCGGUUUUGGAUCCGUGCAGCCCCAAGCAUGAGGCUGCUAUAAAGCUGCAGAAGGUGUACAAAAGCUUCCGGACUAGGAGAAAGCUAGCAGAUUGCGCUGUUCUUAUUGAGCAGAGUUGGUGGAAGUUAUUAGACUUUGCAGAGCUAAAGCAUAGUUCAAUUUCCUUUUUUGACAUUGAGAAACACGAGACAGCCAUUUCGCGCUGGUCAAGAGCGAGAACAAGGGCUGCGAAGGUAGGUAAAGGGUUAUCGAAGAAUGGCAAAGCUCAGAAACUUGCUUUGCAACAUUGGCUGGAAGCUAUCGAUCCACGACAUCGUUAUGGGCACAAUCUACAUUUCUAUUACGUGAAAUGGUUGAGUUCUCAAAGCAAAGAACCCUUCUUCUACUGGCUAGAUAUAGGAGAAGGAAAAGAGGUCAAUCUUAUAGAGAAGUGCCCUCGCUCAAAGCUUCAACAGCAGUGCAUCAAGUAUCUUGGUCCGAUGGAGAGAAAAGCUUAUGAAGUUGCAGUAGAGAAUGGGAAGCUCUUCUACAGAGAAACUGGGGAGCUUUUGGACACCACUAAGGAACCAAAGGGUUGUAAGUGGAUUUUUGUCCUCAGCACUUCUAGGACAUUAUAUGUAGGGAAGAAAAAGAAGGGCUCAUUUCAGCACUCUAGUUUCUUGGCUGGUGGAGCUACAUUGGCUGCUGGGAGGAUUGUAGCUGAAAAGGGUGUCUUAAAGGCGGUCUGGCCUCACAGUGGUCAUUAUCGGCCAACACCCGAAAAUUUUCAGGACUUCAUAUCAUUUCUCAGGGAAAACAAUGUGGAUCUCGCUGAUGUUAAGCUUGAUUCCACUGAUGAUGAAGAAGAAUCAUCUGCCGGAAAGCAUGUGAGGAACAACUCGUCUGAAGAUGACUUGAUGGCAAAAGCUCACCUCAUGAUGGAAGAAAUCGAUAUCGAAGACUCGAGUUCCAAGAUGGUUAAUUCAGUAGAAGAUGAGAAUCCUGCUGCAUUCAAGGUGGCUGAGUCACCAGCAUCAGACGUCUUGAAUAGAAAAUUGUCGACUCUUCAGAUUCCGAGUAAGGACAGCAUAUUAGAGAGGUUGAAGAGUGAAAACGAAAUGGCCAAAUCAACUACUGGAAGUUUCCUCCUAGAAACUUCACAAGAAUCAUUUUCUUUCAGUCCCGACAACAGCACUCAACAGAAUAAUGUGUCUGAAGAGCAAGAUGAAACAAAAGACGAGACCAUUUCAGAAGAAUCCAUUUUCCAAAGAAUCAGUUCGCACAAAGGAAUGAAGUCCUACCAAUUGGGGAAGCAACUGUCGUGCAGGUGGAGCACUGGAGCUGGACCUAGAAUCGGCUGCUUGAGAGACUAUCCUUCCGGGCUCCAGUCUCAUGCAUUAGAGCAAGUAAAUUUAUCUCCAAGAAGUAAACGUCGGAUAAGAGUUGAAUUCUCGUCUCGGGCAUCAACACCAACCGGCAGUAUGCUCUCUCGUAGUAGCAGUCAGAGUCUUGGAGGCAGUUGUCACCUCUGAAGGGACUUGAUAACUCCAGUUUUUCCGAAACCUGGGAAGCAGAGUUGAUUCUUUAAUUCAUUCAUUCUUUUUGUGAAUAGAAAGAAUGAUAGCAUAGAAAUUCAUCCAUAUUCUUUUCUAUAGGAAUUGUUAGAGUUUUUUGAUUCAACAAUCACUUUUUGUGAAAAUUUUAAACUUUUGUGGGUUUUUUAUGCCCUUGCAGUUCAUAAAGGAAAGAUUCAUUUUUUCUUCUUCA